UCAUGAAUUAUUUUAUAAAUGUUCAAAGCAUCAUAAUUUCGCGCUUUUAAUCGCGCCCGCCAAAAUUAUAAAGUUUACUAAAUGCACCCAAGAGUACCAGGCGUGCCCAUUAUCAUGGCAGUGUAAAGGGAAAUGGAACACAAACCACCAUAAAUCUUGUACGAAGAAGUCAUCCGCAUUUGGGGAUUAUUGCAUCAGAAAACCAGUUUCUUGGCCCAUUGCACCAAUUGUGAAAUCCAGCCACUAACAGUAUGGAGUCCUUCCUGAGCCUCUUCGAUCCGAACCAGGACGACGGCUUUGACGAGGAGCCGGAGCUGAAUGGCAACAGCAGCGGAGGAGGAAGCAGCAGCAGCGACUACGAGACAGAUGCCAAUUCCAAUGAGUGCGCUCUUAGCCUCGUAGGUGGUAUCCCCACUGAGCGUGGCAACCUGAUCUUCGACUUUGAGCAGGGAAUGUUGCCGCCUGAGCCGCAGAUUGGAAACGUGGAGUACAAGCUUAAGCUGGUAAAUCCAUCGAAGCAGCGAUUCGAGCAACUGGUCACGCAGAUGAAGUGGCGGCUGCGUGAGGGAAACGGUGAAGCCAUUUACGAGAUCGGUGUAUCCGAUGCUGGAUACCUCCAGGGACUUAGUGACAAGGACAUGAACGCCUCUCUCACGACACUAAAGCAGAUGGCUCACCACCUGGGAGCCAGCACCUCUGUGCUCCGUCGGAAAACCAUCAGUGCUCGUCGGGUUGUAGCCGAGGUACUGGUUCGAAAGAUACCCGACGACCAGCACAACAUCGAGGUGCGGGUGGCGGUGCUCGGAGGAGCUGAUGCCGGAAAGUCUACGCUGCUGGGAGUACUCACUCAGGAUGAACUGGAUAACGGACAUGGCAGGGCACGGCUCAACAUGUUCCGGCACAUGCACGAGAUUCAGUCGGGUCGCACCUCCUGCAUCUCCCACGAGACCCUGGGCUUCGAUGCGUUGGGCAAUGUGGUAAACUACAAAUACAAUGAAAUGAUGACAGCAGAGGAGAUCAGUGACCGGUCCAGCAAGCUGGUUACCUUCAUGGAUCUAGCCGGGCACCGUCGGUAUAUGAGGACCACCGUACAAGCGCUAAGCGGCUACUCGCCCCACUACGCCAUGCUGGUGGUAUCCGCUGGCAGUGGGUGCAACGACACCACCGAGGAGCACUUGGCCAUUGUCCGAGCUCUAGACAUGCCAUUUUUCAUACUGGUCACCAAGACGGACAUCACAUCGCCGGAUGCCACAGUGCAGGAGCUAUGCAACCUGCUGACCACCAUUGGCUGCCGAAAGGUUCCGUUUGUGGUGACCAACACAGAUGAGGCCAUCUCCGCCGGCUCGAAUCAGGUCUCCGAAAAUAUUGUGCCCAUAUUUUGCGUCUCGAAUGUCACCGGCACGGGCCUGAAUCUAGUCACAAAGUUCUUGUAUGUCCUAUCGCCGGGAAUCAGUAAUGCUGAGAAGGAUCGCCUUGAGCAGGAGUCCUGCGAGUUCCAGGUGGACGAGAUUUUUCGAGUAUCUGACGUCGGUCCCGUGGUUGGUGGCCUGCUAGUCCAGGGCGUACUCACCGAAAAUAUGCCAAUGAAGAUUGGCCCGCUGCCGAACGGAAGCUUCCAUCCCGUGACCGUCAAUACCAUCCAUCGCAAUAAGGCACCCUGCCGUGUAGUUCGAGCUGGCCAGAGUGCCUCGCUUUCGUUCAGCUUGGACCAGGACCUGCCCACGCUGCGGAGUGGCAUGGUGCUGCUUGGCGAUACGGGAAACAGUCCGGAUGAGCCCUGUGGCACUUAUUUCUUUCAGGCUAAGGUAUCCGUUCUAUUCCACGCCACGGCCAUCUACGUCGGCUUCCAGACCACUGUGCACAUCGGAAGCAUCCGCCAGACGGCCGUCAUACGAGGCAUCAUGGGCGGCGAGCGGCUGGGCACCAAUGAUUGUGCUUCGGUGAUGUUCGAAUUCGUUGGUCAUCCGGAGUACGUGCGUCCAGGGAUGCGCAUCCUGUUCCGCGAGGGAACCAGCAAGGGCAUCGGCGUGGUCACCCAGGUGUUUCCCGUCAACAAGACCAUCGUCACAAAGUAGAGCAGCCCCGGUAGCUACAGGACAGCUGGAUAGUUCCAAUGACAUUACAAUAUAUAUCUCAAACACAGAUGACAUGUAUAUAUAUAGAUAUUCUUAAUUAGCGGUUAAAGAGAGGCGUUAAAUCCUAGGCAGAUCUUCUGUACUCUUAGUUUCGGGUUCUGUGAUUUUUCGUUUAAGCUCGGUAAAAAACCACCUUAAUUACAAUAACUUAAUUAAAAAGUGACACCCAGAUAAUUGUUACUGUAUAUUUUCGAUUUAAUCCCCUUAUUCUUCGUACUUGUUAUUUAUGAAGCAAAACAAGAAAAAUGAAUUAUAAUGCACAGUCUUGAAUAAAAUUAUGGAAGAAUAAGUGGAAUCACACCGAACUGCA